AUGGAGGACACCAUUUUCGUUUCGAUCCCAAGCUACAGGGAUCCAGAGCUGGUGCACACGGUCCGAGAUCUCUUGAGCAAGGCGCACCACCCCGAGCUCGUGUACGUGGGCAUAUGUUGGCAGUGGCGGCCUGAUGAAGACCAGCCCUACGUCGAAGAAUUCGAUCGAUUUCUCCAUGAGUGCGAAGAUGAAGCCGAGGCCGUCGCGUCGUCCACCACCACCACAAGCACCACGACAAACACGGCACACCCGCGAGUGCCAGCCAGGCAGAGGGUGCGCAUUGCCUGGGUUGACUGGCGCGAGGCGCGCGGGCCGUGCCACGCUCGUCGGGUGGCCCAGGCUCUCUACGCCGACCAGCGCUACCACCUCGCCCUGGACUCGCACAUGCGCUUCAUCCCCGGGUGGGAUUCGGUGCUGGUCGGCCUGCUCGCGCGCUGUCCCUCGCCCAAGCCCCUGUUGACGGCCUACCCGGCGCCCUACCUCCGCCCAAACAGCGUCACCACCGACCCGCGCCCGCCCUUCCUGUGCGCCCGCGAGUUCGGGGCCGACGACGGCAUGCUCCGCACCUGCGGCAAGCUCCUCCACCUGCCCCUGCCGGCCACCACUGCGGCCACUGCCGCACCGACGUCCGGCGCACAACAGGGCCAGAGCCAGGCGCGAGCGCAGGGCAAGCCAGGCGUCGGGCCGCUGCCCUCACUUGGACGAUGGCGAAUGAUGGUUCAGGAGGUGCCCUACGAUCCCCAUCUUCCGUUCCUCUUCUUCGGCGAGGAGAGCAGCAUGGCCGCCCGUCUGUGGACCCACGGCUGGGACUUCUUCUCCCCGCCGCACCACGUCAUCUACCACCUGUGGAGCCGGUCCUACCGACCUACGUUCUGGGAGGUGGAGGACAAGGAGAAGCUCAAGGAGCGAUCGCUCCGCCGCGUGCGGUGCCUGCUGGGCGCCACGCCGCGGGACCAGGUCGAAGCGGAGUGUCUGUCCGAGCUCGAUCUCUACGGCCUCGGCCGAGCGCGCUCGCUGGAAGAGUUCCAGCAGCACACGGGCAUCGAAUUCAAGACACGCCAGAUUGGUGACAAGGCCAAGUGGGGCGGGCUGCCCUCCACCAUGUUUGUCGAGGGGAUGGCCCAGUUUGCACUCUCGCUCGCUGGUCUCUCGCUCGACUUGUCGCCGCCAUCUUCCCCUUCGUCAUCAACCGAGAAGUUCACUUAA